AUGCUUCCGUCUGUCGUCUGCGUCGUAGAUUGCAACUACACUAUAAUAUCAAGAACUUGGGUUUCAUUCGGUUUUGGCGCGACUGGAGCUGUCUUCAACGAGCAGGCGGUACUUGCCGAACAUUUUAUGAUGAGUACAAGGCAGAAACUAUCGUUAUCAGAAGAACAAGCUUCGGGAAUUGACGUUCAAUGGGGCUAUUCAAACAAAGAACAAAAUCUAAGUAAAGAAGUAGGUCCCGAUUAUUUCUUGGCACCCAAGAUAGACGUUUUGGACUGUGGAAUAACCAACUUAUUCGUACUGGAUAAGAAAGGUAAGGAUAGCACCGAACUCAGAGAAUUAUCUAUAUCGAAAGAAAGAGGGAAGCGGUUUAAAAAAAUCCCCGAUGUUACGUUAUGGGUUGAUGAAACUACGAAAAAAUCUUUUCAGUUGCUAUCAAGAAGCAUUAUAAAACCUGAUUUUGAGACAAAUCUUAGUAAUGCAUGCAAUUCGAAGUCAUGGCGGGCAUUGAAACGACAAAGAAAAGCAACACGAGAAAGCACCAAGGGUGAUGCUUGGUAUAAUCUUCCUGCUGCCGAAAUGACCGAAGAAAGAAAGCGAGAUUUAGAAAUCAUUCAGAUGAGGAAUUCAUUCGAUACAAGAGCUCACUAUAAAAAAAAUGACCUCUCUGCACUGCCAAAAUAUUUUCAGGUUGGUACAGUGAUUGAAACGAAAGCAGAUUUUUAUUCGUCUCGUAUACCAAAGAGAAAUCGCAAACAGACCAUUGUCGAAGAAUUAUUGGAAGAUAUGGAUUUUGAAACUAGGCAACGCAGAAAGUAUCAAGAAAUCAAGAGUCGAGAAGCUAUUACAAAGCGUGGUGCAUUUAGGAAUUUGUCGUUUCUUAAAAAAAAAAAGAAGUUCAGAGAAAAAGUCUGAAU